AUGGCAGCUGCAACAGAAGAAAUCAAGAACCUGGUCGUCGGGCUGUAUGAAGUUGGAGCAGUCAAGUUCGGCGAGUUCAAACUCAAGAGCGGCAUCAUGUCGCCUGUUUACUUCGACCUGAGAGUCACCGUCUCCUACCCAGCUCUCCUCCAGCAGAUCGCGAAGCAGCUCUGGGAGAUAAGCAAAGAUGCACAGCACGAUGUACUCUGCGGUGUACCUUACACCGCCCUUCCUUUCGCUACCGCAAUGUCCAUCAUGAACGGGAAGCCAAUGGUGGUGAGGAGGAAGGAGGCGAAGGACUAUGGUACCAAGAAGAUGGUUGAGGGAGUCUUCUCGCGCGGCUGCAAGUGUCUCGUGGUGGAGGAUGUGGUGACGAGCGGCGCGAGCGUCAUGGAGACGGCACGAUCGCUGCGAGAGGAAGGCCUGGACGUGAUAGACGCAGUCGUCCUGCUGGAUAGAGAGCAGGGAGGACCCGACAGGAUCAAAGGGGAGGGCGUGACCCUUCGCUCGGUCUGCUUGCGGCAGAGGAGAGAAGGAGAGUCUGACAUGGACCAGGUGCUGACAGUGAGCACCUUCAUUGCGGUGCUGCAAGAGAAGAACCUCCUUGACGAGGCGACAUCAGUCGCGAAGAUGAGCUACGGCGAACGCGCAGGAAUGGCCGACAGCAACAUGGCAAAGGAGCUGCUGACGCUGAUGGAGAGCAAGCAAACGAACUUGUCAGUGGCAGCUGAUGUCAACACCUGUGCUGAGGUGCUGCAGCUGGCAGAGGCGGUUGGCCCGCACAUCUGCCUCUUCAAGACGCACGUGGACGUUCUCGCUGACUUCUCUCUCGCUUUCACCCUCGAGCUUCAGAAGAUUGCAGACAAGCAUAGGUUCCUCAUCUUCGAGGAUAGAAAGUUCGCUGACAUUGGCAACACCGUGGCAAUGCAGUAUGGGGGGGGCGUCUACCGCAUUGCCGACUGGUCGCACAUCACAAACGCUCAUACCGUACCUGGACCAGGAAUCAUAGACGGCCUCGCUCAGGUCGGCAAGCCCAAGGGACGGGGUCUGCUAUUGCUGGGUCAGAUGUCCUCCUCUGGGACACUAGCGGAUGGCGAGUACACCAAGAAGACUGUAGAGAUGGCCGUCGCGCGACGAGACUUUUGUAUUGGUUUCAUUUGCACCAGCCGGCUCAGCGAGGACCCGUCAAUGAUCCACAUGACACCCGGCGUCCAAUUGGAGGAGGGAACAGACUCGCUCGGCCAGCGCUACCUCACACCAGAGGUAGUCAUCGGUGAGAGGACCAGCGACGUCAUCAUAGUCGGGCGAGGCAUCUACAAGGCCUCUGAUCCAGCAGCUGCUGCUCUGCAAUACAAGCAACGAGGAUGGGCAGGUAGGGACGAGGCUAAGAAAGGGGAAGGGAAAGGGCGGAGGAGAAGCAAGAGCGAACUCGGGGGGGGGGAGGAGGGGGACAAGGUUGUUCGAAGAAGCAGCAAGGGAUGCGGGGUGAGCAGGAGUACAUGUUUGCUGACGUUGAAGACAGCCUACACGACGAGGUUGGCGUAA